GCAGUCGACCCCCACAAACUGCGCAGAUGCUCCUUUCGCAGGCGAGAGGUUGCAGCAGCAGCUGGUGCAGGCCAGCAGCGACCGAAGGUUGAGCGAGGGCCGCCAUGGCUGCACGCUGCAGAACCGCGGCAAGAUCCUCCACCCGCCUCGGCGAGACUCGCUCGUCGAGCGCUGGGCCUCCAGCGAGCUGGCCUGCCGACGCCUCGAGCUUGCCGCAACUCCUCUCACAGUCAUCUCUGCGCUUCGCCCACACCAACGCAUGCGGCGCUCGUCGCCCAAGGAUGGCGGCAGAAGAGCCGGCUGAAAGGUGGCAUGGCUGAGGGUCGUGGGCAGCACCUACGUCACCGGCCGCGCGUCUCCACAUGGCACCGACGUGGCGGGCGCAGCUUCUCGCGCGGGAGAAGAGGCGUCACGCCGGACCCCCGCCCGUGCACCCGCUUCGCUUGCUCGGGAAGCCCGCGUCGCUUCGCCUUCCUGUCCACCACCACUUCGCAACAUGCCGACAGCUACCGCGCCGCACGCCUGCCUGCUGCGCCCGCCGCACCAGCUCUACAUCGGCCUCGUCGCCGUGCUCGUGCUCGGCGGCACGCUCUACUCGGCCUGGCACGGCCUGCACCUCUACAACGUCUCGCUCUCGUCGCCCACGUCGGCCGCGCUCAUCGGCGCCGCGCGCCUGCCCAACACGCGCCUGGCGGACCGCCGCAACCUGCUCAACACGCUCGUCAUCAAGCGCGCCUGGGCGUGGACGACGGCCGCGUGGCUCGUGCAGGCGGCGACGCUGCGCGGCCCGCUGGCGCCGGCGCAGCAGCAGCCCGAGGGCAAGGGCAAGCAGCGCGCCGAUGCGCAGCAGGGCGCGCGGCCCGGUGCGCUGGCCAAGAGUGCCGUGCGCUAUGCCGUAGCUACCGCUCUCUGGGGUCUCUUCGCAGCCUGGUUCUUCGGCCCGCCGCUGAUGGAGCGCGUGCUCUACUGGACGGGCGCGCAGUGCAUCCCCGACAUGCACAGCCUCGGCGGCCCCGGCAUCGUGCUGCCCAACGGCGGCGCCAUCGACCCGUCAUUCUGCUACGCGCGCAAGCCCGUCACCGUCGCCUCUCACCCGCAGCUCUUCAACACAGCGACUGUGCUGGCAGCGCAGGGCACGGGCGGCAAGCUCAAGGCGAGGUUCCGCGGCGGCCACGACAUCUCGGGCCACACGUACAUCCUCGUGCUCUCGGCGCUCUUCCUGCUCGAGGAGCUCACUCCGUUCCUGCCGUACCUCGCGCCGGCGUCGAUGCGCGACUCGCUCGCCUCCUUCUUCCCUCGCGCCCUCUGGGCCGCACGCGACCCUUUCGCGGGCUGGACGGGCCCGCGCCAGGGCGCCACGCAGUCCGAGCGCGCCGCUGUCAACCGCGCACGCCUCAACCUGGCUGCGGCGGUCAGCGUGCUGGCCCUCGUGGCAGUCGAGCUCUUCUGCCUGGCGUGCACGGCGCUCUUCUUCCACACGCCGCUCGAGAAGGUGACGGGCCUGCUCGUGGCCCUCGGCGCAUGGGCAGUCAUGCCGCACGGCGGGUAGCAUGGAGAGAGAUGCAUUAAAGGAUAUCAUACUGCGGAGAAAGCCCGUCACUCGUCGUCGUCCUGGAAGACGCCGGCAGCCACGCGCGGCUGAGGCUCUGCCGGCUCCUGCUCGUCGACCCAGCCGCCGAGACGGGCGCGAGUGGUGCUCUCGUAGAGCCUGCACGUUGUCAGCAUCGGUGGGGCCCAGAAGGCGCGCCGCACUCACUCGAUGUUCAGAGCCGCAAGGAAGCACGGCACGCUCUUGGCGCCGUCGAGCCAGUAUGUGCGCAGAUUCUCGAUGUUGGCCAUGCCCUGCAUCGCCUCGCCGUGGAUCUUCAUGGCGCCCAUGUCGUCGCG